AUGGAUAUUAUACAAGCCGUCUCGGGCUACAUCACCAAGAUGGUGUCGGUCGGGGACACCGCUGCGACAGGCACCUCCGCGGCCAAGAUGAAGAUCCUCUUACUCGACAACGAGACUGUGCCUAUUGUCUCUACGGCGACGACACAAUCCGCCCUCCUCAACCAUGAAGUCUACCUUACUGACCGUAUCGACAACCCAAAGCGGGAGAAGAUGCGCCAUCUUCGCUGCCUAUGCUUUGUGCGACCAUCCCCAGAGUCUAUACAGAGCCUGAUAGAGGAGCUGCGAGAGCCCAAGUAUGGCGAAUACAACAUCUACUUUAGCAACAUAAUAAAAAAGUCCUCGCUGGAACGCCUCGCCGAAGCAGAUGACCACGAAGUCGUACGCGCCAUCCAAGAAUACUUCGCCGAUUUUCUCGUCAUAAAUCCCGACCUCAUGUCCCUCAACCUCGGCUUCCCGGAUCACAGGAUAUGGAGCACAAACCCGGACUCGUGGAAUCAGGAUGCACUACACAGGUCAACAGAGGCAGUCAUGGCGCUGCUUCUGUCGCUGAAGAAGAAGCCUUUGAUAAGAUAUCAGAAGAACAGUCUGCUUGUGAAGAAGCUAGCGACCGAGGUCCGAUACCACAUGACACAGGAAGAGCAACUCUUCGAUUUCCGCAAGACUGAUACUCCGCCCAUCCUUUUGAUCGUAGACCGAAGAGACGAUCCCGUUACCCCGCUAUUAACACAAUGGACAUAUCAGGCUAUGGUUCACGAGCUACUCGGAAUACAUAAUGGACGCGUGGAUCUACGUGAUGUGCCGGAAAUACGUCCCGAGCUCAAGGAAAUUGUGUUAUCGCAAGAUCAGGAUCCCUUCUUCAAGAAGAACAUGUAUCUCAACUUUGGUGACCUAGGACAAAACGCGAAAGAGUACGUUGAACAGUUUGCAUCAAAACAGCAAGGAUCGCAAAAGCUCGACUCAAUUGCCGAUAUGAAGCGCUUCAUCGAAGACUUUCCCGAGUUCCGUAAGCUCUCCGGCAAUGUCACCAAACAUGUUACACUCGUUGGUGAGCUCAGCAGACGAGUUGGCGAAGAGAGUCUGCUGGACAUCAGUGAGCUCGAACAGAGUCUAGCAUGUACAGACAAUCACAACAACGACGUCAAGUCGCUACAAAAGAUCAUCCAGGACCCCAGGGUCCCGGCGAACAACAAGCUUCGCCUCGUUGCCAUCUACGCGUUACGGUACUCAAAGGCGUCUUCGAAUUCGACAGCCAUGCUCCUAGACUUGCUCGCCGUUGCGGGCGGACUGUCACGGCAUCGCAUCAAUCUUAUCACAAAGCUACUGACCUACCAUGACUCGCUACAAGCGACUACGGCAGCAGGUGGGGUACCGGACCUGUUCCAGCCUGGAUCCUUUUUCGGGGGUGCCCGAGAUCGACUCAAGGGCCUGAAGGGUGUUGAGAACGUCUACACACAGCACUCGCCUCGCUUAGAAGCUACGUUGCAAGACAUGAUCAAGGGUCGCUUGAGCCAGCAGCUGUACCCCUUCGUAGAAGGUGGCGGCUCGACCAAAGAUAAGCCGCAGGAUAUAAUCGUCUUCAUGGUCGGCGGCGCGACAUACGAGGAAGCCAAGAUGGUUGCGCAAGUCAAUGCAAGUUCGCCUGGUAUUCGCGUUGUGCUCGGUGGUACGACCGUGCAUAACAGCACCUCCUUCUUGGAGGAAGUCGAAGAUGCUGUCGACUCGUGGCCCGAGCCUCCCGCUACAUCAGCUGCGGCUCGCUUGAAGAGGGAGAACUGCACAGCCUUCGGACGCGAGUGCGUCUUUAUUACCGUUCCUGAGAGCGCUGCACGCAAGAAAGAAAGGGAGCAGCGAGAGCGCGCGCAGAGCAAGAGCGGCACUGGUGUUACCAUCCCGGACUGGACCAAGAAUCUCCCCGUGCGCACACAGAGUAGUGCGAGUGUACAUGAUGGAUACGACAAUGCGGGAUCCGUUGACACCACGACGCCUGGCACGCCACCACGAGAUUACGAGUGGGAAGCGUAUCAGCAAGAUGUCGAGCCCGAAACGGAUGCUUGGGAGAGACUGCCCGCAGAGCCUGAAGAGACGCAGGACGACGUGUAUGAGGACGAGAACGACGACGAAGAUCAGAUCGCAACUGAUCUCACGAUUCGAAUCGGAAGGAUGAUCAUUUGUGAAAACGUCACUGGAUUUUUCCGUCCCCAAUAUGCCGAAGAGCUCGGCAAGCUUCUGUCUGAGAGCUUCACGCCUUCUUCAUCAGUCACAGGCCAAAGAGCGACACAGUCAUCUGCUCUUCUAUCAGCAGAGCAGAUGCCGUCGCUUGCGCCGUCGCUGAAUCUGUUGCUAGGCGGUUCGCUGCCUAUACAUCAGAAUAACGAAGUUGAGGCGCCACAACUGCCCACCAAGAUGGAGGCCGAGGGGCUACUACAGCGGUACACGGAAGCCGUUAGCCCGCUUGCGCACGUGUUGCAUCUUCCAUCGUUCAAGCGCAUGUUUGAUCGCUUUUGGAUGAACCUUGAGAUUGGGAGCCCCAACCAGAAUUCCUGUACUGCCUUGAUACUGGCAGUAUGUAUGGCUGCCGCUGCUUCUGUUUCACCGUUACAAGCCAAGUCGCAGUUUGGGAUUACGAAAGAGGAUCUUUUCCUGCGCCUACAAAAAGCUACGGAGCGGGCAUUGCUUCGCGCUAAUUGGGCGAAGACAUCUAACAUACGGACUUUACAAGCUUUGACAAUCUACCUGAUACCCCUCUGCCGGGCGCAAAUAUCGCGGGCUACUUCUGUUGUAGUUGGCGCAUUGGUCCGCCUGGCACAAUGCAUAGGCAUACACCGUAUGAGCCACAGCUCGGCCAAUAGUCUAACACCACUGCAACGACAUGUUCGGUCGCUCUUGUGGUAUCAGAUCUGUUUCUUGGACUUCAAGACAGCAGAAGCGCAAGGACCCCAUCCUUCGAUCCGGUCGGAUGACUUUGACAUUGCUCUUCCGUUGAACGUAGAUGACGAUGUCUUUGAGUUUGGCAGCCCGAAGUGGCAGCAAAACCCAACCUCCAAUACCGGCUGGUCAGACGUCACAUUGUCUUUGAUACGCUACGAGUGCAAUGAGAUACACCGCCUCAUAUUCCGCGGCAGGAUUGAGAUGGAUCGCAAACACAUUACCCUCCAUGAUCUCCGCGCCCGCGUAGAAGCCAAGAAACGCCAGAUCCAGAGCAAAUACCUCCAAUAUCUGGAUGCCAACGUGCCUAUUCAACGAUACGCAGGCCUAGUUGCGACACUCCUAAUGUCCCGUUGUGACUCUAUGCUCCUAUACCGCCACCUUCCACAAACCUCCUUGCAACCCCGUUCGGAAUCCGAGAACCGCCUUCGCGACGUCCUCCUUACCGCAGCGCUCACCACACUUGAAAUCGGUGCAACACUAGAUACACUGCCCUCUCUCUCCUCCUGGGCUUGGUACUCGACCACCUACCAACAAUAUCACGCGGUCCUGCUUCUCCUCACCGAACUCUACCGUACACCCGAUCUGCCCCGGAAAGAGCGCAUGGCGACCAUCAUCGACCACAUCUUUGGCCACUGCUAUGGCGUCGGUGUAAGAGAACGUUGCUCAGAUCUCCUCUUCACUGUAAAAGAAAACCUAGAAGCCUUUUAUGUAAUGAAGGGUUUCAACAAGAAAAGGCAGCAGGUUGCUCCCCAACAGCAUCCCACACUUCAACCGUUACCCUCCUUUGGUGGCUCGGUGACUAGCCCUGGAUUCGGUGCGCAGCAGACGCCGAAUAAUAACAUUCACAGUCAAUUGCAGAGGACGCCCACAACGGGCACACUAGAUGGGUUGAAUGUGGAUUUCGAUAGUAUACUUGGUAGCCUGAAUGGUGGUGGUGGUGGCGGUGGCUCGGACCAGGACUUUGAUGUUUGGGGCGGAAUGAACGGUGGUGCUGGUCAAGAUACGGGUGCUAUUUUUGUGCCGGUGGAUACUGGGCAUCAUGGCGAGUUUGGAACUACGAGUCCGAAUGGGGGGCUACAGCAAUGGGAAAAUUGGAAUUUCCCACCUCAACAGGCGAAAUACGAACAAUGA